UAUUCGUCACGUAAGCGUUUGGCGUCUGCCUGGAUCUGGUAUAAAAACAAAACAGUGCGCCAGAAUAAGACAUUAGUUACCUUCGCAACGAUCAACUAACCAACUCAGCCUCAGAAUGAUGAAGUUCAUGUGCAUCUGCCUCUGCGCCAUUGCCGCUGUGUCGGCCAACUCCUAUGGACGUCCCCGUGGUGGAUACGGUGGCGCCCCAGUGGGUGGCUAUGCCUACCAGGUGCAGCCCGCUCUGACCGUUAAGGCCAUCGUUCCCUCGUACGGCGGUGGAUAUGGUGCACCCCAGGGAGGAUAUGGAGGUGCCUACGAGGCGGCUCCCCUGGCCCCGGCCUAUAGCGGCGUUGAUGUUGGACCUUCCUACUCCGGCUCCGGCUAUGGUGGUGCCCCGCCAGUCGAUGCCCAAGCCAUUGCCCUGGCCAAGCUCGCCCUGGCCGCGCCCAGUGCCGGAGGUCCUCUGCUCUGGAAGGAGGCUCCCCGUCACGUCCAGCCCGUGUACCCACCCGUCAGCCACGCACCCCAGGAGUACGGACGCAGCGAGAAGGUCAGGGGAGGUUCCGCAGCGGCUGCUGCCAGUUCCGUGGCUGCCGGCCAGAAGGCUUACAAGAGGCCCAGCUACUAAGUCGCAAAAUCAUGAACAGUGAAUCAGAAACCUACCUACCAAUAAGGAACUAGGCAAUAAUAAUAAACGGCAAACAUCGAGACUUAAA